AAAAAAAAAAGAGAAGGUAGCUUGUGAAAACGACAAAGAAGAUUGAGGAAUGAAGAGAAAGGAGUCCCUGUCCUGUCCCCUACAGCAUCGGCGUUGUAAGAGAUCCCAUUCCAAAUACCAAUUCCAAAUUUGCAAUCUCAAUUCUCAGUUUCACAACUCAAAUAAAAAACCAAACCAAAAGGGUACUCACUAAUUAACUGGAUUCAAGCUGGUUUGCCUUCAUCUUCUUCAUCUUCAUUGAUUAGAUCCCAUCCUACCCCAAUUUUCUAAUGUUUUCUCUCUCACUCUCCCACGUGCACUUUCUUCUCUCCCGCUCUAAAUAAUUCUUCAUUCCCACCCCCCAAUCUCUCUCUCUAUACAUAUAUUACACAUUAUUGUAUGUGUGUGUGGAAAAAGAACCGUUUUUUUUUAUCAGUGAAAGGGACCACCUUUAUAUAACCCUUUUGAUCAAAGUGUAAAAUGGUGUUGUGAUUCUACAAGGGUCUUGCAUGCCCCCUCUGAGUUUCAAGUUUCAAGUUUGAACCCCCUUUCUUCCAUUCGUAAUCGUAAUAACAGGCAGCAUCUUUGGUUGAGUUGAGGGAUUUGAUUAUGGAAAAGUAUGAGGCUGUCAAGGAUUUGGGGGCUGGGAAUUUUGGGGUGGCCAGGCUCAUGAGGAACAAGGAGACCAAGGAGCUUGUUGCCAUGAAAUACAUCGAGCGUGGUCAAAAGAUUGACGAGAAUGUGGCAAGAGAGAUUAUCAACCACAGAUCCCUUCGGCACCCCAAUAUCAUUCGCUUCAAGGAGGUGGUUUUGACGCCCACUCAUUUGGCCAUAGUGAUGGAGUAUGCCGCUGGAGGAGAGCUCUUUGAGAGGAUAUGCAAUGCUGGCAGGUUCAGUGAAGAUGAGGCUAGAUAUUUCUUUCAGCAGCUUAUUUCUGGUGUGCACUACUGUCAUGCCAUGCAAAUUUGCCACAGAGAUUUGAAGUUAGAAAACACACUUUUAGAUGGUAGCCCUGCACCCCGCUUGAAAAUUUGUGACUUUGGCUAUUCCAAGUCAUCUCUGCUUCAUUCACGACCCAAAUCAACUGUUGGAACUCCAGCUUAUAUAGCACCAGAGGUUCUUUCCAGGAGGGAGUAUGAUGGGAAGUUGGCUGAUGUAUGGUCAUGUGGAGUGACUCUUUAUGUGAUGCUGGUUGGAGCUUACCCUUUUGAGGAUCAGGAUGACCCUAGGAAUUUUAGGAAAACAAUUCAGCGAAUAAUGGCUGUUCAAUACAAAAUCCCUGAUUAUGUUCACAUAUCUCAAGACUGCAGACACCUCCUUUCUCGUAUAUUUGUAGCAAAUCCAUUAAGGAGAAUCUCCCUUAAGGAAAUUAAGAACCACCCAUGGUUUUUGAAGAAUCUUCCAAGAGAGCUAACUGAAUCAGCUCAAGCUGUCUAUUACCAGAGAGGCAACCCAAGUUUUUCUGUUCAAAGUGUGGAGGAGAUAAUGAAAAUUGUGGGAGAAGCAAGGGACCCUCCUCCAGUUUCUAGGCCUGUCAAAGGUUUUGGCUGGGACGGUGAAGAAGAGGAAGGGGAAGAAGAUGUGAAGGAAGAGGAGGAUGAAGAAGAUGAAUAUGACAAGAGGGUGAAGGAAGUUCAUGCCAGUGGAGAAUUUCAAAUCAGUUAAGCAGUAUAAUUCUUGUGUUCUUGGUUAAAGUUUCAUUUUUUAUGCUAGAAGUCACCUAUUUUUAUGUGUACUAUAAUUUAUAUUAACUACUAUAAACCAGCGAGGCAGUCUAAGUCACUGCACUGUCCACUGUCCAUGUAAUGUAUUAGUAUUACCUGUAUCACCAUGGAAGUCGUGUAUGAAAACAGUAGUUGUCUGAUAACUUUUAAAUUACUCAUCCAUUUAUAAUCCAGCUAGUUAACUUUAAAA